AUGGCCCUAGCGCUACCAGCGUACUCUCCGUCCGACUGGGACGACGACGACGACCUCUACGCGCCCGUAGCCAAGCGACCCCGCUACGAUGACUCGUCCCUACCACCUAGUACACCCCCUCCCAUCGCCUCGACGUCGGAAGCGACCUCCGCGACUGCCGGGCUGUCAACGCGUUCGAACAGCUCUGCGACGGUGAGAGGGCAGAGUCCUGAUGGCGACGAGACGAGGUCGACUUCGAGAACGGUGGAUCAGGACUCUGAGCGUGGGAGUGAUGAUGGGAUGGACGUCGAGGAUGGUCAACUGCCUCCGCUGCCCGAAUUGGUUCAGGAUGAGGUUCAAGCCGGCGACUUCGGGGUCAGUUCAUGUUGGGAAGCAACAUGCUAUGCCGAGGCUGAAAGUUAAGUAUGUUUGUUUUGAUAGGAUACAGCCCAGUCCGGCAUCAUCGAACAAGUCGACCUCUACCAAUUCAUGGUGAGCCCUCAAGAACUGACCGUGUCGGCGGAACGCGUCGCGUCGCGUCAGGCCCAGCUGGAGCGAGACCUGUUUGGCGCUGAUUAAGUCACGUGCACCUCCGCCCCGAUCCCUUUCCUCGACUCUCGCAGUGUCAUACCUAUAUCACGAUCAAAUUCGGCCCUCAGAUGAAUUUUCUCGUUGGACACAAUGGAUCGGGGAAGUCGGCAGUUCUGACCGGUAUCACGAUGGCCUUGGGAGGCAACGCUAAAGCCACCGUCAGUCGAUGAUCGUUUAUCAUUCCCGCCGAUGCCCUUCUUACCAUUGAGCCCGACUGUCUUCCCCUUGCUUCACAUUCAGAACCGAGCUACGAACGGAGCAGGUCUAGUCAAAGAAGGAGCGGCCUCAGCCAAAUGUCGAGUCCGACUCUCCAACCGCGGAUCCGAUCCGUACAGGCAGGACCUCUUUGGUGCCUCCAUUACGGUCGAACGAACGCUGCGAAGCAAUGGAGGGAGUAGUUACAAAUUGAUGAAUCAUCGGGGGGAGGUCGUAGAGACUUCAAAGGUGGUACUUGAUUCGAUCCGUACGUUCCUUUCACAUCGUUUGGAAUCAGCAGGGUUUUUCCGGACAGCAAGAUCUGACCAAUUUGCGCCUCCGAUCCUUCCUCCAUGGCUUACAGUCGAUCACUUCGAGAUUCAAAUCGACAACCCCAUCACGGUACUGACCCAAGACCAAUCCCGGGCCUUCAUCGCCUCCACCACCGGUAAAGACAAAUACAAAGCCUUCCUCCGCGGAACGAUGCUCUCCCAGCUUCGGGACGAAUACACCGAGAUGGGUCGUCACAUCGAAUCGAUCCAAGUCGCUAUUGAGAAGAAGAAUGAACUCAUGCCCGAAUUACAACUUGUUUUGAGGAGGGCGAUGGAACGGGCUGAAGCUGGGAGGGCGGCGGAGGAACAGGUGGAUAGGUUGAAAGAGUUGGAGAAUAGGAGGGCGUGGUGUGAUGUUGAGUGGGUCGAGGCGGAGAUCAAGAAGGGUCGGACGGCGAUUAGGAAAGCAGAGGAGAAGCUGGUCGUGUUGAGGCAUCAUUUGGCGGUGGCGACGGCCAAGAGGGAUGCGGCGAUGACGGACUUGGCAGAUCUUGAAGAGGCGCAGGCGGAAACACAAUUGCAGAAGGACGAGCAGACGCCCAAAUUGGAGGAGGUGCAGCAAGGGAUCUCGGCUGCACGAGCUAAAACGUUGGCCUUCAAGGUAAGCUCAUCGGGGCGGUCUCAUGUACCUUGUUCGGUCGUAUGCGUACUCAUAGAUCGCCACUUGGGGAGAAUUCAGAACGAAGAACGCCAAAUGGCCGCCACGAUCGACUUGCUCAAGCAAGGGAUCGAGGCGUUCAAAGCUCAGCUCGUGGUUGAACACGAUCGACUUGCCCGCGAUAUCGAAGCUGAAGAACGUCCGAUUCAUGAUCGAAUCGCCAAGAAUGAGGACGAGAUCCGACGACACGAACAGAUCGUUUUGGAAGCCGACCAAGAACGACUCGAGUUGGAGGGCAGGUCGACAUUAUUGCAAAAGCUUGAAGCCGCCGCGCCGUUGAUCAGCCGAUAUCAGAAGGAAGCAGCGGAUCUUCACAAGAGGAUCCAAAACGUCGAAGCCUCGCGCACCAACAGCAUGCUCGCAUAUGGCCCCAAGAUGCCGACUGUCCUGAGGGACGUCGACGCGACGAGAUGGACGAAAAAGCCGCUUGGUCCCGUGGGGCGUUAUAUCGAAGUGCGCGAUCAACAAUGGAGUAACGUGAUCGAGUCAUUGUGUGGUCGCAUUCUCAACGCUUUCGUCGUUUCGAACGAGCAGGACCGCAUCAAGCUGUCCGCGCUCUUGCACAGGCACGGCGUGUGAGUAAAAUCUGAUACCCCCGUGGAGGAAUCACGUCCUCACUGAUUGAGCGGGCACUGAACUGUGUUCUACAGCGGCUCUAUUCACUCGAUCAUCAAACUGAGGUACGACGACACGUUCGACUGUUCAAGUGGCGAACCCGAUUCGGAUCUGCUCACAGUGCUUCGCGCAAUUAAAGUAAGUUCGGUUACUCAAAUUCACAGCCAGCUUUUCUCAACAAAGUCGAACUGAAGCCGUGAUGCUGCGAUAACGCUGUACCAGAUCUCCGAUCGACUUGUCGAGCAAGCCUUCAUCAACGGUACCGGCUGUGAAGAUGCGGUGCUAGUCCAGAGGCGCAGCGAGGGAGAUCAACUCUUCGAUGCUGGACGGCGCAACAUUCGUGUCGUGUACAGUCGGGACUGGUUUAUCGUCAGACGAAGGUGAGCAGAUUCGAAGAACGAAGAACGAGUCCCGCGUACGGUCUGCUGACAUGGUUCGGACCCUGUUUGGUGCCAGCCGAGACAAUAAGGCCGCCUCGAUCGUCAUGGCCGCGUGGCGAGGACAAAGACGACUCAGCCCCGACAUCGCAGGACAGAUCGCCAUGCUCACGAAUCAACUCGACUCGGUCAACAUCCAUCUUUCCAAUAUCUCCCGUGACAAGCAAGAGGCUGAUGACGAACUCGCGUCCAUACAUCGACGCGGAAAAGCGGCUGAUCUUCGACGACAAGAAUCGAAGCGAUCUUUGACCCAAUUACGGCGACAGGUCGAGAACGAUCGACAUCAACUCCUCGAGAAAGCCCCUUCCGAUAUCUCGGCAAUUGAGGAUCUGCGAGACGAGUCACAGGCCGAGUUGGAUAGUACGCUGGCGCAGUACGAGGAGGCGUUGAGGAGACAUAAUGCUGAGACUGGGACCAGCGACUUGGCAUCGUUCGUGAGGAAGAAGGAGGAGAUCAAUCUUGCGAUCAAGGAGGCCGAUGAUUUGUUGUCAAGGCUGAUGGUGCGUCCGGCUCGAUCGCCGCAGAGGUCUGCAAGAAUCUGAUUUGGGUUUCGUUGUAUAUUACAGAAAAAGAUCAACACGGCGGUGGCGGAACGAUCGGAGGCGGAGAAAGUGAUUGCGAAGCAUCAGAAGAAGCUCGAUGAGGUCCAAGCUGAGGUCGAGAUGAUGCGCGAACAAGUCGAUGAGAUGCAGGAGCGUGCCACUGAGUUUGCUCGGCUUGGCUCGUUUUUGGCCAAACUGUCACUGACACUCGAGUGAAUCCACUUCAGAUCAUGGUCGAAGAUGCUUCGACGAUCUGUGAGCGGCCACCGCGUUUCCCAAGACCACGGACGGCCGAGCAACUCGAUCACGACAUCAAGACGCUCAAAGCCGCGAUUCGGGCUCGUGAACGCGAUCUCGGAGCGACACUCGACGAGCUCAAUGAAGAAGUCGGACGGAGAAAUCAGGUCGUUCAGCGUGCUAAGAGUAUCUUGUCGUCACUGGAAAACUUUGUUGAGGUGAGCUCGGUGCUAUUCUCAGUGCUUCGAAAAUUGACCAUGGAAGUAAUCGGCGUGGUUUGUAUGAUAUAGCUACUCGAGACAGCCCGAAGAGUACGAAUGGAGAAAUGGGAGGGUUGGCUCACAAGUCUCCCCACCUCACUCGAACUUCAUUUCCUCAACUACCUCGCCACUCGCAGCUUUACCGGUCGACUCAAGUUCAACCACAAAGACGAAGAAUUGAACCUGCACAUCAUGACCAAGGAAGAGGGAGCGAAGAACCAUGGCAAGCACCAUAGUCGUUGGAAGGACGUGAAGAGCUUGUCGGGUGGGGAGAAAAGUUUCGCGACGAUUUGUUUGUUAUUGGCCAUGUGGAAGGUCGCGGCGUGUCAUAUUCGAUGUCUAGACGAGUUUGAUGUCUUCAUGGUCAGCACUGGCUCGCACCUUUGUGGUUCAGUCCGCAUUUCCUGACACCCUCACUCGUGCGCCCACAGGACGCUGUCAAUCGACGAGUCGCGAUGAAGAUGAUGGUCGAUACGGCCAAGAACGUCAAGCGAGCCCAAUUCAUCCUCAUUACCCCUCAGAAUGUCUCCAACUCAACUUACGGCGCAGAGGUCAAGAUCAUCAUGCUCGGUGAUCCGGCUCGAACUUCGGGGCAACUUGCGGCUCGACCUGGUUGA